CGGAUUUGUGGAUUAAAAGAUCAGAAAAAGCUGCCAGGUGCGUUUGCAACGCACGACCUGGACAGGUCCGAGUCCAACUGGCCGGGUCAGACGUUUCUACCGACGCAGCGGGGCGAGAAACAAGCGUGAAAAACCAGAGAAAACCAGCGAGGAAACGCCAGCUGCGUUUCCAUGACAACGGACCGGAGUCGCAUCUCUCAGUGAGCUUUGAGUCUUGGUUGUCAUGUCGUCCGGGGAUUCUGGCGGGGACGCGGGUCGGUGGCUGGACGCCCACUAUGACCCGGUGGCCGGUCUCUACACCUUCUCGUCCUGCGUGGACCUGGCGGACCUGAGCGGGGACGGGGAGAACCGGCUGGUGGUGGGGGACCUGGGCAACGGCUCCAGCGGGAUGAAGCUGAAGGUGUACCGGGGCACGGCUCUGCUCAGCGAGAGCGCCCUGCUGGACCUGCCCGCCGGCCUCGUGGCCUUCUUCAUGGACCUGCACGAGCCCCGCAUCCCCGCCGUCGCCGUGGCGUCCGGGCCCUGCAUCUACGUCUACAAAAACCUGCGGCCGUACUUCAAGUUCACGCUGCCGGGUCUGGAGGUCAACGCCCUGGAGCAGGACGUGUGGCAGCAGGUGAAGGAGGGGCAGAUCGACCCCGCGACCCUGAAGGAGAUGUUAGAGGGCAUCAGGAGGAACGCCGACGUCCCGCUGUCCGUCCGCUCCAUCCGCUUCCUGGCGCUGGACGACCACGACGCCGAAGAAUUCGUGCAGCUGCACAAACAGCAGCCAAUCAGGCGGCAGACCGUCAUCACCUGUAUCGGGACUCUGAAGAAGAGCACGGCCGACGAAGACGGCGUCAGCUGCCUGGUGAUCGGUACUGAGAACGGCGAUGUCCUCAUCCUUGACCCCGAAGCUUUCAUCGUCCUCUCUAAGAUGUCCCUGCCGGGUACUCCGACCAUGAUGGACGUGACGGGGCAGUUCGACGUGGAGUUCCGCAUCACUGUGGCGUGUCGCAACGGGAACAUCUACAUCCUGCGCAGGGACUCCGACAGGCCCAGGUACUGCGUGGAGCUGCCGUCCCACCCGGUGGGGCUGGUGCGGGUCGGCAAGAACGUGGUGGUGGGCUGCAGCGACGACAGUCUGCAGGGCUUCACACAGAAGGGGAAGAAGCUGUGGAGGAUCGAGCUGCCGGCCCCCAUCACCACCAUGGCCGUCAUGGAGCUGCCCACCCGGGGCUUCCAGGCCGUCCUGGUGGGCCUGGCCAACUGCGAGGUUCACCUGUACCGGGACAAGAACCUGCUGAGCACCAUCAAGACACCCGACGCCGUCACCAGCAUCCGCUUCGGCCGCUACGGCCGCGAGGACGGCACCCUGGUCCUGACCACCGGCGCCGGCGGCCUGAUGGUGAAGAUCCUGAAGAGGACGGCCGUGUUCGACGAGCGCGACAGCGCGCCCGGGCCGCCGCCCGCCCAGAGCAUCCGCCUCAACGUCCCCAAGAAGACUAAGCUGUACGUGGACCAGACGCUACGGGAGCGCGAGAACGGCACGGCCAUGCACCGCGCCUUCCAGAUGGACCUGAGCCGCCUGCGGUUAGCCGCCGCCACGGCCUACGUGAAGGCGCUGGAGUCCAGCCUCACACCCAUGUCCGCCAGCCUCGCCGAGCCCCUCAAGAUGAACGCCGUGGUCCAGGGUCUGGGUCCCACCUUCAAGCUGACCCUGAACAUCCAGAACACGGCGGCGUGCCGGCCCGUCAUGAACCUGGCCAUCAGCUUCCUGUACAACGACGGCCUGUACAGGAUGAGGAACCCGUUCAUGAGGAUCCCCCUGCUGGUCCCCGGCCUCGUCUACCCCGUGGAGACCUUCGUGGAGUGCACCAGCGACAAGGGCAUCUCUGACAUCAUCAAGGUGUUCGUGCUGCGCGAGGGGCAGAGCACGCCGCUGCUGACGGCCCACAUCAACAUGCCCGUGAGCGAAGGACUGACUCUCAACUGAAAACCCAGUUCAAGGGACUCUCCGUUCAGGAUUUAGCUCCCGAUUUAACAACUGAUGCGGAUACUUCUCGAACAUUGAACUGUUCUAACUGAGAACCAACGUCCUGCACACUAACACACUCCCUCCACACUUCCUACACAGUCCCUCCACACUUCCUGCACACUUCCUGCACACUUAUCACACACUUCC